AUGGAUAUGGAUAUGGACAAGGAUCUAGAUCCAGAGCCUACCGAGCCACCAACUGGGACGCCCACGCAUCCCAUCGAGAUUUCUGACGGAUCAUCUUUUCAUGGUUCGCCAUAUAGAGGCCCCGAUUCAUUUGCUCAAUGGUGGAGCAAUUAUCACUGGGAGUAUACACCUUCCCACCACUCAUCACCACACCAACAGGUCCCCUCUAAGGACCCACAUUUUGAGGCGGUCACACCGCCGCCGCCAGAGCAGCAACCGCCUCCAGAACCACCGAGGCAAAGAAGAUCAAGUGCACGAAUGUCCGCGCGAGGGGGUUUCCACUUCAGCACCCCCCAACACAGCAGCAACAGCCACUACCCGCCGUUGUACGAAGACCCACAAAUAGGUGGGCCUUCAAACCCAGUGUCUGAAGUCGACUCUCCGCCAAUCGCACCACCACCACACGUGGGUUUUGAUAACCCAAUUCCUUUAUACGCUGGUGCAGCAGCGUAUAACCCUUUUGAGCAGCCGGCUUUUUCUUGCUACAACUACUACAACGCCCCUAGUGUUGACCCGUAUCUCGAGGCGGCAAACUACAAUGCUCUUCGUCCUGAAGGGCCCUUUCAAGCUACGUAUCCAACUGGAUACCCACAAUCAAGCUACAUGGCAGAACCAGAAGAAGUCAACAGUCACCCGAGGGAAAAUCAUGAUACUACCAGAAUCAACGUAACCAGUGCGGAUCUUCAAACAUUGACUGACAAUGCUGUUACUAAAGCCAUGGACAGGCAGUUUAAAGAAUCAAGUGGUACACGCUCUAAGACUCAAUCUGUGGCUCAUAGUAAGCCCCCUUCUAAAACACACGAGUCAAAGAAGGACGAUGCCCGUCACUCGUCAAAUCAGCAAAGUAUCCCGUCUGAGAAGAUUGUGCUCAAUUAA